AAAAAAUUUUCUUGGUACCCGAAAAAUGAACGAAAUUCGGGUACUUUGGUUGACAUGUGUAGCCGUGUCUGUACCUCGCCGCAGAAUUGCGUCAAGUUCCAUCUUCUGCCUGGCCUUUGUAUCUGGGCUUCACUUGACUUGGCGACUAGAAGAGAGGCUGCGCUCCACUCGCACGCGUCGAUCUGCAACCUGCAACCGCGUCGUAGCUGGGGACUCGAGAGUUUAAAACCAUGAGCAUCGCUUCACCUGAACUUUUGGAUACAACAGGAGGAUGACUCUUUGCUCUCGCACUCGGUUAGCCGACGCCGAGACUGCCCGACGACAGCACCAACAUGGACGUGUUCCGCGUCCGACUGAAUUGCAUCGACCACUACCAGGCAACACCAUCCCGAUAUGACCCCCAGCUGCGCAAAGAUGCCCAUCUCCAAGAGCCUGAAAAGCAGCCCAAAGUGCCCGUUAUCCGCGUAUUUGGAUCGACCGAGACAGGGCAGAAGGUGUGCGCUCACAUCCAUGGCGCAUUUCCCUACCUCUUCAUCGAGUAUCGGGGGCCGCUGGAUAAGCCCACGGGUGAGUACCUCUUUCUGUUCGUGAACCCUAUGCUUACAUUCGGUUCAGUCUCCGAGUACAUUUACCGGCUGCAUCUGUCCAUUGACCGCGCCCUGGCGGUUAGUUACCGGAGGGACCAGUACCGCGAGCCACAGAGGUUUGUUGCGCGCAUCACCCUGGUCAAGGGCGUGCCUUUCUAUGGCUUCCAUGUCGGCUAUCGCUUCUACCUCAAGAUCUACAUGCUUAACCCGGUCGUCAUGACUCGGCUAGCCGAUGUGUUGCAGCAAGGGCUCAUCAUGGGCCAGAAGUUUCAGCCCUACGAGGCGCAUUUGCAGUACCUUCUUCAGUUUAUGACCGACUUCAACCUCUUCGGCUGCGACUACCUUGAAGCCAAGGUCAACUUUCGCGCUCCUGUCCCAGAUCCAGCUGGCCCCAACGACCCGCCGCGCAUCUGGGAUAGCAACACCAUCCACCCGGAUGCCAUCACCGACGAUUUGUCCCUGCCUCGGGUCAGCCAUUGCUCGAUCGAGGUGGACAUCUGCGUCCAAGAUAUCAUGAACCGGAAAGCCCUGAAGGAACGCCGCUUACAUCACGACUUUAUUGAACGACUCCACCCGAUUCCUUCCCACAUGAAGUUGGUCCACAGCAUGGCUGGGUUAUGGAAUGACGAGGCCAAACGCAGGAAGAAGCGAAUGGGAAACUCUAGCCCCGGAGACAGCCCCUUUCCCAAGGAAGCCUUGGUCCCCAUGUCUGCGGACACGCGUUAUUCGCAACCGCCAGGAUGGAUCCACGAAGAAGAUUAUCGGCGAGAGAUUCAGCAGUUGAUGGAGCAGGAGAGCGUGCCGCAUGGGACAGAGCUUACGUUCUCCAACUACGUUGAACCUGAUCUGAACGAAGGAACUAUCCAGACCGUCAUGCAGUCCGUUGAGGACAUGUUUCCAGAAAACUUGCUUCCCGCCCUUGGCCUCGAACAAACGUUGCUUCAAGGCCGCCUCGAUGUCGCCAGCAGCAUUCAGGUCGACGAAAAGGGGAUACGCGAGCUUGAUGUUCCAGAGGAAGAACGACAACUCGUUGCGGACGAUCCAAAUGAAGCGUCUGUCAAGAAGCAACAGAGAGCUACAGUAGACGGGGUUUCAAGACAGAAGAGGACUGUUGAUGACGUUGCUGCGCCCUCAACGGGAGAUGGUCGAGCGGCAGUGUCUGCCAAGAGCAACGCGACUGAGCGGUCGCAGAGGCUCAUCGAAGAGCUAAGGCGGACCGUCAAUGGCCUUGGAGGUGGCUUUGGCGUCAGUGGGUAUUGCUCGGGCAAGCGUCCAUCCGUCCCGCUACCGAAAGGUCUGUUCUCAGAGACCACGAUGACAGAACUGAUGUCCAGGGAGGGUGCCGAACCUGAGAUCCCCGAGACACGAUGGCCAAUUGAUCGAAAGCACUCACCAGCGGUCACGGAAGAGGAGACACCACGCAAAAGACCAAGAUGCGAUGGUCAGAGCCAAAGGUCUGAACGGGAUUCUGCCCAACAUGAACUGAGUCCUGUAGCAAACAAACCGGCAGACGGCGCAUCAACGGUAAUUCCUACAGUGGCUUCCACGGCUACUUCAACUGGGGUUCGUAUGGGGACUUCCACCGGGCAGACGCAUUCAUCGCAGCCCGACAGGCCGGGAGUCAAAGGGAGCUCUCAGAAGUCCCAAGGCAAUCAAACCCUAAACUUCCCAGUCGUCAAGGACUCCCACGAUCCCGACACGGUUCUGAGGCUCACUCAGCAAAGCGCCUCGCAGAAGAGUGAUGGUGGCAACAUAGGCGCCUCGACAAGGAAGCAUGUCUCGUUUAACCCGUUGGUGUCUGUUCAGGAGGUCAAGUCUGGCUCUGAGGCACCAGCGUCCCGGACACCGAUGUCGGCAUCCAAUCCCUCCAGCAUAGCCCAACGUCCGAGGCUCCACUGGAGUGGCCAGGUCACAAUGUUCCUCUUCAACAUCACGCCGCCUUCUGUGGAAGAAGUGUGCUCGACCAUGCAAUCCAAUGGCCUGCCAGACGUUAUUUAUCAGGAUGCCUUUUACAGUAAAGAUGAUGACGUGCCGCCAAGACCAAGAGAGUAUGCGGGAAGGGAGUAUCGGUUGGAUGGUAACACUCUUCCCUACCUCCCUGAUUUCGACCCAACGGCACAGUCCCCGGCCACUUUCGGAGUGAAGCCCGAACUGCCUCCGAAUUUCUCCGAGAUGGAGUUAGCCUACGAGAAGCAGCAAACCCAAUGCAACCUGAGGAGUUGGGAGAUAGCCGAGCUACCACCGACGUUCGCUGAAGUGAGCAGGUGGUGGGAUGAGAAGGAGGCACGCAAGACUCAGAAGGUUGGCUCUGAGCGGUCCCUGCCUGCAACACAAGGGCAGAAACCAGAACUAUCUCAGAUUGUCGGUGCAACGCCGAAGAAUAAGCAUGGCUUCAAGUACUCGCAGAAACAGAGAUCCACCAGCGUGCAGCACGAGGCACAGUACAUGAGCACCAUGAGCCUCGAAGUACACGUCAACACCAGAGGGAAGCUGGUCCCAAACCCUGAGGAAGACGAGGUCCAGUGCGUUUUCUGGUGCCUGCGGUCUGACGAGCAGUCUCUGUUUGGCAGCCAAGCCCUUGACAACACCAUAUCUGGUGUUGUUGUCCUUUCAGAAGACGGCUACCUUGCCAAGCAGAUACGGAAUCAAACCUCUGUCGAGGUCGUCGAGGAGGUCUCAGAGCUUGACCUCCUGGUCAGAAUGGUGGAAAUCGUGCGCACUCACGACCCAGAUAUACUGACUGGCUACGAAGUCCAUGGCGCAAGCUGGGGGUAUCUGGCAGAGCGAGCAAUGCACAAGUACGAGUUUGAUCUGUGUAGCGAAUUCUCACGGAUGAAGUCCGAUUCUUUUAGGAAGUUUCAAGUCGGCAAGAAUGCCGACCGGUGGGGCUUCAAAACAACGUCAACGCUGCAUGUGACCGGCCGGCACAUCAUCAACAUCUGGCGGGCCAUGCGGGGCGAGCUCAACCUUCUCCAGUACACCAUGGAAAACGUGGUCUGGCAUCUUCUGCACCGACGGAUCCCGCAUUACUCCUCGCGAUCUCUAACCGACUGGUAUUUGAGCGGACGGCCAAGGGAUCUGAGCAAAGUUCUGCGCUACUACCUCAAGAGAACGCGCAUGGACAUCGAGAUAUUGGAAGCGAACGAAUUGAUUGCACGAACCAGCGAGCAAGCAAGACUCCUUGGCGUGGAUUUCUUCUCGGUCUUCUCGAGGGGCUCCCAGUUCAAGGUCGAGUCUAUCAUGUUCCGGAUCGCCAAGCCUGAGAACUUCCUCUUGGUUUCGCCUAGCAGAAAGCAGGUUGGCGGUCAGAAUGCUCUGGAGUGUUUACCGCUGGUGAUGGAGCCUCAGAGUGCUUUUUACCCCAGCCCUCUGCUGGUUCUGGACUUCCAGAGCCUGUACCCGAGCGUCAUGAUUGCAUACAACUACUGCUAUUCAACGUGCCUUGGCCGCGUAGUCAGUUGGCGUGGUACCAACAAACUGGGCUUUACGGAGUACAAGAGACGAGAAGGGCUUCUGAAGCUGCUGAAGGAUUACAUCAAUAUCGCUCCCAACGGAAUGAUGUACACCAAGCCAGAGAUCCGCAAGUCACUGCUCGCAAAGAUGCUCACCGAAAUUCUCGAGACCCGAGUUAUGGUGAAGAGUGGAAUGAAAGAGGACAAUGACGACAGGACUUUGCAGAAGCUCCUCAACAACCGACAACUGGCGCUGAAGCUGCUUGCCAACGUCACCUACGGGUACACUUCGGCCUCCUUUUCGGGCCGGAUGCCCUGCUCCGAGAUUGCCGACAGCAUCGUGCAAACAGGUCGGGAAACCCUCGAGCGAGCAAUUGCAUACAUACACUCGGUCGAGCGGUGGGGUGCUGAAGUAGUUUACGGCGAUACAGAUAGCCUGUUCGUCUACCUCAAGGGGCGGACGCGGGAGCAGGCGUUCAAGAUCGGCGCCGAGAUGGCCAAGGAGAUCACUGACAUGAAUCCUCGGCCUAUGAAGCUCAAAUUCGAAAAGGUGUACCAUCCGUGUGUGUUGCUUGCCAAGAAGCGCUACGUUGGCUACAAGUACGAGAGUCUCCACCAGAAGGUGCCAGAGUUUGACGCGAAGGGCAUUGAAACUGUCCGCCGCGACGGGACACCGGCGGAGCAGAAAAUCGAGGAGAAGGCGCUCAAGAUCCUGUUCGAGACGGCCGACCUCAGCCAGGUCAAAGAAUACUUCCAGUCGCAGUGCUCCAAAAUUAUGCGGGGCGCCGUGUCGGUCCAAGACUUUUGCUUUGCAAAGGAGGUGAAGCUUGGGGGUUACAGUGGGAAAGGUCCCGGCCCGCCCGGAGCCCUCAUCAGCACCAAACGCAUGCUCGAGGACGCCCGCGCCGAGCCACAGUACGGCGAGCGCGUGCCUUACGUCGUCAUGUCGGGCGCGCCCGGAGCUCGGCUCAUCGACCGGUGUGUUGCACCUGAAGACCUCCUCAGCAACCCCCACGCGUCGCUCGACGCGGAGUACUACAUUUCCAAGAACAUCAUCCCGCCGCUGGAGCGCAUUUUCAACCUGGUCGGCGCCAAUGUUCGUGCCUGGUACGACGAGAUGCCCAAAAUCCAGCAGGUCCGUCGUCUGGAGACCACUUCGGCCGCCGCCGCCGUAGCAACCAACUUCAACAACGCCAGCGGCAACGGCGGAAACGCAGACAGCAAGAAAACGCUCGAGUUCUUCAUGGACUCGGCCUCGUGCCUAGCCUGCGGCGUCAAGAUGGCCAAGCCAAGGCCCGCCUCGCCUUCGGACUCGGACAACACAGACGGCGACCCCCUGCCGAUCUGCCAGCGCUGCGCGGCGGAGCCAGACACCACCAUGGUGCUCCUGCAGACGCGGCUGAACCACGAGCAGCGGCGGUACGCCGACGUCAGCAAGGUGUGCCAGAGCUGCGCCGGGUUCCCGCCGCUCGAGGAGGUGCCGUGUGAUAGCAAGGACUGUCCCGUGUUUUAUACGCGGGUCAAACAGAGGGCGAAGGUCGGGGCGGAGAAGGGGGUGGUGGAAAGAAUUGUCUCGAGGCUUGGUGGGAGUGGUUUGACGGAAGGGAGAAGGGGCAAAGCUAGGGGUGACGGAGGGUUGGAAUGGUGAGUGAGAUGGGAUAGGGGAAGAUGCGAGUUGGUGGGAGGAUGUGGUUUAUGAUAUGACUUGAUGAGAAGGGGUUUGGGUUAGGUCUAGCAUAGCACAGGGUUAGAUGGGAGCAUUUACAGCGGGCUAGGGAAUGGCAGGCAUGGUACAGCAUGCUUUUUUUGUUGUCUAACGCAUGACGAGCGACUAUAGACAGUGUUCAAGAGGAUGCA